AUGCCUGCCUAUCAGCAAGGCUAUUCCAGCUACGGCAAUGGCAACGAACGCGACGGCUACGCAUCAAGCGGCUCCCGUGCGCAAUCCUCGUGGGACUCUCCCAAGCUGGAUGCAGAGGAGCCUGCCGAGGCGAACUUUGCUGGGUUCGGCGCAAGAAAAUUUGCCGAGAAGCAAAGGAGGGCCGCGCAGGCGGCUCAAAGACAAGCGGACGAAGCAGCCAGAGCUAGAGAGAUUGCGGAGCAAGAAAGGUGGGAGUACGAGCGUCGACGGGCGCGGGAGGAGGAAGAGCGUCGAGCUCAUGAAGAAGAAGAGCGGAUGAGAUGGGAAGAGCAAACGGCUUACGAGGCCGAGGAGCGCAGGAGGCAACAAGAAGAGGACGCCAGGCGCGCUUGGGAGAGGGAAGAGGCUCAGCGUCAUUUAGCUCAACAACAGCGGGAAGAUGAGGCCCGUAAGGCUAUCGCGCAACAACGUCUGGAUGCCCAGCAUAGGCGGAAUGAGGGUGAACGCCGCGCUGCAGUAGAGCGUGAAGAGCAGGCUCGUCUCGCUGCUGCCAGGGUGGAUCGCGAGCGCGAGCGAGCCCGACAGCUAGAGGAACAAGAAGAACGAGAAUACCAACGUCGGCGUCAAGAAGCUGCAGAGCGCGAAGCCGAGGCUCGGCGGCUGGCAAAGGAGCGGAGUGCGCCUGCGCGCUCAGCAACGCUGGACUCGAUAUCGACUGCGAGUGUCCAUCUAGCCUACGACGGCAGCGAUACUCUAUCAUCGUCCAGCAGUCUGUCUAGCCGACACGGUGGCAGAGGCGAUCUGCAUCCUCAGAACAUACUUGCCCAGGCAAAUGUACGAGAAACCAUCUACGAAGACGACUACGAGGAGGAUGAGGAGGAGCUAGACGACGAGCGGAGAAGGGCUAGGUACACUGCAUAUGCUGGAUCGCACGACGAUGACACAACGAUCGAUGCAUUGCGCAGCGCAGCAGCAGCUCGAAAGACGAUGGCGCGUGCCACGACCUAUGAACCUCUGCCCAAAGCCAAGUGCGCCGACUGUGGCACCCUACUGUCUUUCGACGAGCUUGUGGAGCACACGUGUGCAAGGGCGGGAAGCACCUCUCCGCUUUCUCCGCUCACCAUUGCCGUGGAACAUGCUCCUGCUGCGAGCAUUGUCAUCAAUGGUGGCUUUCCAUUGGUAGAGUCUCCAAUCGAAGGUCGCCUCUCUCCUGCAAAAACUGGUACACGGUCGCCUUUCUUCGACCGAUAUGCCAGGCUCGAGAAUAAAUCAGGCCGGAGCAGCCCGGCUUUCAAUGGUGCGAGCGGCGAAUUCGAUGCGGUGACACCGCGCGCCUCCUCCUUCGACGUCCCGCGGUCCGGUACGACGAGCGCAGAGCCUCGUAGGACGGCGAGAUUUUCGCCUCCCACAACCUCUUCACCUCUGCUAGCUGCAACCGACGAGAACGCAUCUGAUGCGCGGAUCCGCAUGGUUGCAGAACGCAAGAAGCAGAUUGAAGCACAGCGCGCUGCCGCCCGAAGCCGCAAUGCGACCCUCAACGGUGCUUCGACAGAAGGCUCAGCAAGCCCAAUCCCAGAAAUCGCUGGUGCAAAGCCUCCUGGUUCCCUUUCCCACGCCAAGGCACCCAGCACUUCGUCUUCCACCUCUUCUAGCCACAGCUCAUUGUUGGGCCGAGGCAGAGAUGGCAGCUCUGCCUCUGUCAGCGCUGCGAUCACACCAAGCUCGAGCUUCGAUCACACGAGCGGCAUGCCCAGUCCCCGCGAGGUUGUCCUCGUCGCCUCUGUCGACUCUGCAGGGGCCAGAAGCAGCAAUGCGACCGCCAGGCCAAGCUCCAAGUCGCGCGGCGUAGACCUUGACAAGAUCGAGGCCAUGCUUCAUGACUUGGAUAUGAGCACGUCACACAAGGAGCCUACGAAGCCGAGCUCGGAAAAAGUCGCACGAAAGGAAGAGGUGGCAUCUAGAGGCAAAACACGUCCUAAAGAUAUCAACCCAGCAAAGUCUUGCGAGACGCGAUCGCGGAACCGGUCGGAGGAGGGUGGCAAGAAGCUGAAGCACGAUCUGCGGACCGCGAAACGCCAGACCAAGCUUUGCAGCGUCUGCCUGUGCCCACUUGGCUCCAGCAAAACGCCCUUCGUCGAGCGCGAUGGCAAGUUGCUCUGCGCUGCAGACUAUGCAGACCUUUACUUGCCGAAGUGCCGCAAGUGCACCAAGCCUGUGGAGAAGGAUGCCGUGAAAUCGUCCGAUGGUGCUCUCAAGGGCAUCUUCCACCGAGGUGAGCAUUCAUCCGAGUCUCUGACGUACGUGCUCGCAAUUCAUACCACAUGCCACUUUCAUCACAGGCUGCUUCUGUUGCUUCCAGUGCGAUGCGUCUUUCGAGGACGGCACGUUUUACGGUGAGCACCAUCGGUCUGCGCCUGCAUAAGACCGUUCAGGCUGACUUCUUGUGCCUUGACUCUCUCGUCGACACCUCGUCAGUCUGGCAAAAUGUGCCCUACUGUAGCAAGCACUAUCAUGCCUUGGCAGGAACUCUUUGCGCCGGAUGCAACGAGGGCAUCGAGGGCCAGUGCCGUCAGACAGAAUCCGGCGAGAAGUAUCACCCUCAGUGCCUGACUUGCCAGUACGAAGGUCACGACAGCAAAGAGUUUUGUCGCGAGCUCUUGGACGAUUACUAUUUGCUCAACGGUCAGAGGCUUUGCGAAUGGCACGCCCGCAAAGCUCAAAAGGAGCUGGAAAAGCGUGGGGGUGGCCAAAAACAAAUUCGAGCACAGCGCCGCCAGACAUUCCUUCAGACUCUCCAGUAG